CAGUCUAACCCUCUUCCCCAAUCUCGCCCUUCGCAAACCCUUCUCGCCGCCCUUCCCAGCGCCUAAAGCCUCGGCAUCUUCUCCUCCUCCUGCAGCGGCGGCUGUGUUCUCCGAUGGCCACUAAAUCCCACAAGAAGAAGAAGACUUCUACCCCAAAUCCGCCUCUCGAUCCCAAGUGCCCCUCCUCCGACAAGAAAUCCAAGCCCCCGAAGCCCACCGAGGAGCAGCCGGAGCAGGCGGCGGCGUCGGACAAGAAGCCCAAGAAGCAGAAGGCGAGAGACGAGAUCGACGAGAUCUUCAGCGCCGCCAAGCUUGGCAAGAAGCGGAAGCAGCCGCAGGAAGAGGGCAAGGCGGCCAAGAAGCCCAAGGAUAAGACUGAGGGGGUCAAGAAGAAGAAUAAGAGCAAGACGCCGGGAAGUAAAGGUAAGGGUCGGGUGCCGAGUGACGACGACGACGAGGAGGUCGAGGAGAAGCGGCCGCGGCGCCGUACGGCGGACGGGCUCGCCAUAUACUCCGCCGAUGAGCUCGGGUUCGGCAAGGCCGACGCCGGCGGCACCCCGCUCUGUCCAUUCGACUGCGACUGCUGCUUCUGAGCUCCCCUCUGGCCUCCGCCACAUGAUGUAGUGAGGUGAUGUUCCUAGGUGAAAACAGUGUGUUUGUGUUUUGCAUUGCCUGACGAAUUCUAUGGCGAGCACAUUUAGAUUUGUGCUCUGAUGAAAUGAAAUUUUGGUACAUGUGUUAUAUUCAUUGCUCCUGAAUGAUGCUGAAAUUAUAGGUCCCUGCUUAGGUGCUGGUGACUCAAGAAUCAGCCUUAAAAUUUGUAUCCUAGUGUUUGGUUGAUUACUUCCUCAUGAGCAUGUUGAGUUAUAGCUAGAUAUCUAAUGUUCUAGCUC